CGACUCUGGAGAGGGUGGAGUUUUGAAGUGAGACCCCAGAGACCAAAACACACGGAGAAAAAUAAGAAUCAGGACAAAAAGAAAGGAACGGUGAGAAAUGGAAGACAGGAGCAAAUAUAUAGUGGAAGAAUCUGAAGAUGAGGAAGACGAAGAGCAGGAGGGAAAGGAGAAGAAGGGCGGAGCAUCAACCUGGACAGAAACAGAAGAGGACCAGGAAGACAUCUCUUCUGUUAUAGUGCCCACGAUUAACAUUCGGGAGGAGCGCCUCGUCGAUUUAGCUCAGACGCCAGCUUUCCUCUGCCUGAAUGAGCUGCACACCAGCGGAAAGCUUCCUGGAACCAGGAUGGCGGAGCUGAAAGCCAAGUACACCUUGCUACACGACACAGUGGUGAGCACGCAGGAGUCUGAGGUGCAGCUGCUGGAGAAUGCCAAGCGCUUCACAGAGCAGAUCCAGCAGCAGCAGGUCCGUCUGCAGGAAGCUGAUGACUUUCCCAAUGUCUUCACCACUGAGGUCAGCAAACUUCGGGAGCAGCUGCUCAAGUACCAAAAUGAAUACACUGCAGUUCAAGAAAGGGAGUACCACACUCAGUACAGAUUGAACAGCUUAACGGAAGAAAAGAGUCUCGUAGUGAAGGAAUUUGAGAAGAUACCUAAGCCAGGAGAAAUAGAGAAGAAGACAAAGCUCCUGAGAGAAAGCACUGAAGAACUGCGCAAGGAGGUGAUCCAGAAGAGACUGGAGAUCAAAAACCUGCGGGAGGACGUGGUGUCCAAGCAGAAGCAAUUAAUGAAGGAGCAGAAGGAGCUGGAAGAACUGUUGGAUUUUCAGGUUGGCCUAAAGGAUGACGUGGUCCAUCAUCAAAGUGUUCCUGUACAAAUUACAAAGGAGAUAGAAAAACUAACACGCAGAAAAAUAGAAACAGAGAAGAAAAAUGUUGUCUUGGAAUUUGAGUUGAAAGAGCUCAGUGAGUCUUUGAAGAAGCUUGAAAACAAAGUCAGUGCUCUUGCGGAAGAGAGGGAUGACACAAUAAAGGAAGUUGAGGGCAAGCGAACCUUACUAGAAGUCAAAGAACGAGAAUAUGGCCAACUGCUUAAGCUAUUGGAAUUAACCAAAGAGAAUGAAGCCUCCUCGCUAGCUGAAAGAGGGAUCUUGGACAUCAAUCUACGAAACUGCCUCAUGGACAAGCAGAAUUACCAUGAUGAACUUUCUCGUAAGCAACGAGAGAAAGAAAAAGAUUUUCGGAAUCUGAAGAAGACAGAGCUGCUCCUUAAAGUGUCCUUGGAUGCGCUCUCUCAGGCUCAAGCCUUGAAUCAGAGGCUUCUACUAGAGAUGGAAGCUAUCCCCAAAGAAGACCUUUUAUUGCCUGAGCGAAGGAAGGAGCUCCACAAAGAGGUUGACCUGGCUAAGAGAAAUCUGGCUCAGCAGAGAUCUCUGUCAGAAGCCGAGGCCAAGUUAGUCGAGCAGCAGAUUGCGGAGGAAAACAAGCUUUUAAAGGAGCAAGAAACUAUGCGUGAGGUGCUGUUCAACCUCGGGCGAAUGACUCAGAUCAAAAUGGAAGAGAAAGAACAAAAGGCUAAGGACUUCCUGAAAUCCCAGCGAAGAUACUGCGACAUUAUUAAGGAAAUCAAAUCAAAGAAACUUGAAAUCAGGCUAUACAGGAAAAGAAAACGUGAAAUUCAUCGGAGACUCAAAGAAUUUGCCGGCUUGUAUGACGCAAUCAGAAAUGAAAGAAACAAGUUUGUUAACUUACUUCACAAAUCUUAUCAGAAAGUAAACGAAAUAAAAGAAAGGCUCAAAAUGUCAUUGAACGAGCUGGAAAUUUUAAGGAGCAGUGCUGUCACUCAAGAAAGAAAACUGCAAAAUGCCAUGCUGAAGCACUCCAACAACGUGACCAUCAGGGAGAGCGUGCAGAAUGAUGUGUGCAAAAUCACUGCUAAACUCCAGGAAAUGAAGGAGAAGAAGGAGGCCCAGCUGACUAGCAUGGACAGGCUGGCCAGCAUGAUCACCGUAAUCGAAGAGGAGAUGGUGCAGCUACGUAAGAAGUAUGAGAAGGCUGUUCAGCGGAGGAAUGAAAGCGGUGUUCAGCUGAUAGAGCGGGAAGAAGAAGUGUGCAUUUUCUACGAAAAAAUGAAUAUCCAAGAGAAGGUGAAACUACAUCAGGACAUCGAGCUCCACAUCCUUGAAGAAAAAAUCCGAUUCCUAAAACUCAAGGUUGCCGAGAAGCAAAGGCAAAUUUGUGUGACACAGAAAUUAGUGCCAAUCAAGAAGUCCUUGGAUGCCAACCUGGCUGUGGUCCAGAUUCAGUUUUCGCAGUGCGCAGAUAGGAUAAAAGACCUGGAGAGAUGUUUUGUGAACCCCGACUGCCAGGGCAGAGUCCGCUUCAUUCCGGGGAAAGAUCUGACCGAAGAAGAAAUGAUCAAGAAAUUAGAUAUGCUGGAACUUCAGCUAGCCAAGAAGGAAGAGAAGUUACUGGAGAAGGAUUUCAUCUAUGAGCAGGUGUCCCAGCUCACAAACAGGCUCAAAGCCAAAACUCAGGCUUGCAAGGCGGACACACUGCUCUUAGCCAAAAAGAUGAACAGCUACCAAAAAAAGAUCAAAGAUGUCACCCAGGAAAUGAUGGCUCUCGUGGCUGAGCUGUCCAUGAAACAAGCCCUAACCAUCGAACUCCAAAAGGAGGUGAGAGAGAAGGAGGAAUUCAUCUUCUCCUGCAGUUCCAGGAUAGAAAAGGGCCUCCCACUCAACAGAGAGAUCGAGAAGGACUGGCUGAAGGUACUUCGAGAUGAGGAAAUGUAUGCCUUUGCUACUGCUGAGAAGACUCGGGAGUACAUAGACACAGACUACCGGCAGCUGCCCAACGGUGUUUACACAACCGCAGAGCAGCGUCCAAACGCCUACAUUCCUGAAACAGACGCCACACUUCCUCUGCCCAAACCGUAUGGCGCGCUGGCUCCAUUUAAGCCCUCCGAGCCUGGAGCCAACAGGAGGCACAUCAGGAAACCCAUCAUAAAGCCUAUUGAGAUCUAAACGCAUGAAGCAAUCCGGCCUUCUCAGAGACCGGAGCCAGGCUUCAGACCUUCUGUGGAGAGCGGGCAUGGCAGCCUUGGGCUGCUGAUGAGCUGGGCACAGCCAACAGCGGUGGCUUGUUAUAAAACAGUGCUGUCCUCUUACAGUCACCAACCGUUACGUGACACUGGAUGGAACAUAGACUACAGUUACGUCAACGUGUAUUUUAACUGCUUGUGUGUUUCUUUUUCACCGUGUAGUGACUACACUUCAGGAAUGUACAGUAGACAAGAUGCUGUAAAAGUUUAAAAUAAAUAACUUUUCAAUGAA